UUCUGACUGUAAUGUAACUUACAUACUUUGACUGAAGUCACAUUUUCAGUGCAGGAUUUUUUAACUGCAACAGAGCAUUUGUAGUGUGUGGUAUUAGUACUUUUACUGCAGUAAAGGAUCCGAAUCUGCCGGCCUUCACGACAGUUCUCAUCGUGAUACGGUAACGUAAAGUGUCGCAGGAGAAGUAAACAUGUGGAGAGUUCAGUAGCCAAACAAAAAACCCACCUGAUGGAGAACUACAGUAAAGCUCGGACGGUGGAGCAGCCGUGCGUCUGCCCGUUCCCCGGCCUCCCCCCCGACACGCCGGAGGUCCGCGUCAGAGACGGCAGCAAGAUCCGCAACCUGCUGCGUUACGCUCUGAGCCGCGUGGAGGCCAAACCGCGGCCCGAGGCCGGGGCGGUGGCCGCCGAGGGACAACCGGAAGCAGCAGCGGCGGCAGCGGCAGCGGCGGGCCGGCCGCUCUGCAAACACGUGGUCUUCACGGCGACGGGGAAAGGCGUCUCUAAGGCCGUGACGUGCGUGGAGAUCGUGAAGCGGCGCGUGAGGGGGCUGCACCAGCUCACCCAGCUGCUGUUCAGCCGCGUGGACGAGGUGUGGGAGCCGCUGGAGCCCGCCGCGGGCCUCGACAGCCUCACGGUCAGCAGGAACGUGCCGGCCAUCUGGAUCCUGCUCUGCAGGGAGCCGCUGGACGCCAGCCAGCCCGGGUACCAGGCGCCGGGCUGCUACUCGGCCCUGUGGGCUCAGGCAGCCGGCAGGGAGGAGGCAGCAGCGGGGCUCAGCGCACAGAGACUGGGACACAAGAGGAAGAAGGGAGGAGGAGGAGGAGGGGGCCGAGGGAGGGGACCCCGUCGUCAGACUGGACAGCCCAGAGAGCCCCCUAAAGGACAGACUUGAUUUAGCUCCAUGCAGUUGAUUUACAAACUGCAUGGAGCCUGACGAGGACACUCGUGCUUUGCUGAUUGUUUUUGAAAUGCUGCAUCACUGAUUAUGUUUACAUGCGCGGGAACGUUAUGUGCUCUAAACAUGUUAGCUCUUAUUCUGAAAAAAAAACAAACAAUACUCUUGACUACGGCUUCGUUUACAUCGCUACGUUUUGGUUAAAAAGGAAUAUCUUCUUCUACGUUUCCCCCCUCUCAUUCCCCCCCCCCCCGCUCUGCUGGACUUGAAUGGCCUUCUUUUGACUGAAAGUACUGCUUCCUCCCAGCCUGCUGCAUUGAACGCUCCACCUACGUAAAAACACCUUCCUGUAAUCAGCGGCGCCGUCACUACGGCGACCAGCGUAGUGGAAGCGUGGGGUUCGGUUCCCUGGGGAAUAAUUCGGCAGGUUCGGCAGAAACCCAACCCCGUCAGAAAGCCCAAUAUUCAGCCGAAUCCUGGAUUCGGUGCAUCCCUUGUUUAAGCGACAGCUGCUGAUUUUUAAGAUAGUUUAAGGUGUUAACAAGUCCAAAAUCUUGGCUGCGAAAUAGAAAUGACCCAGGGAAAAACUCACAAAUCCUUACGUGCCGAAAUAACAAUUUUUUUUAAAACACGGAGCAGAUUUCAAAACGGACCUACGGAGACUCGGCCUCUGAAAUUGCCCUGAAGAUAAUUAAGACUCAUGUAGACGGAGAACAUCUUUUAUCAGCAAUAUUUUGAGUCCUAAUUUUGGUUUUCUAUCUGCUGGUCUACAGUAUAAAUAGGGGCUUUAUGUGCCUGAAGUCUGAUGUUCUGAAAAUGUGUUUUUCAACUGAAUAAAAAACUAAAAAUGUU